CGCCGGCAGCGACUGCCGCCAUAUUGAAAUGUUUCCCCUUUCCAACUGUUCUUCACUGAGCGCAACAGCAGCCAUCAGCUCUCGCUCUUCAGUCGAACACAGGGCUAACAGCACGGACAUGGAGGUAGACACUCUUCUGGAAGCUAUUAAAGAUUUUGACAAGAAGGGGAAGAAAGAAGUGUCUCCCAUGUUGGACCAGUUUUUGUGUCAUAUUGCGAAGACUGGGGAAACCCUGGUGUCGUGGUCUCAGUUUAAAUGCUACUUCAUAUUCAAGCUGGAGAAAGUAAUGGAGGAUUUUCAAGCAUCGGCCCCAGAACAGAGAGGACCUGCCAACCCAAAUGUGGAGUCAGUGCCCUUUGAAGAAAUGAAGGAGAGGAUUCUUAAGAUUGUCAAUGGAUACAACGGGAUCCCAUUUACCAUCCAGCGCUUGUGUGAACUUCUCACAGAACCCAAGAGGAACUACAUGGGAACAGAGAAAUUUCUCAGAGGAGUAGAGAAGAAUGUGAUGGUGGUUAGUUGCAUUUAUCCUAUGUCUGAGAAAAAUGGCUGCAGUGGUGUCAACAGAAUGAAUGGAGUCAUGUUAUCAGGGAACACAUCUGUCUUAACAGAGAGGAAAGUAAAUGGGCCAGGAACGCCCAGGCCAUUAAACAAACAGAAGCACUCCAUGUCCAGUUCACUAUCCACAAACGGCCUUCCAGACAGCACUGAAAACAAAGAGACGAACACAGCACAGGGACACCGCAAAACACUCAGUGAUGCAUCUGGAUCAGGCAUUGGGCCUCUUGGUAGUUCGGUAAAGAACAAACAUUUAGAUGAAGAGGAAGAAAUGGAGGCAGAGGAGCACGAGGUAAAGAGACUCAAAUUCAACCAGGAUGGAGAAGAUGACGAGGAGGAUGUAGAGGAGCAGGUAGUUGUGACACCCAGGUCAACGUCGACUGAGAGCUCCUCAGAUAGGUCAGAGGAUGCAGAAUCACCGUCAUCUAUGUCACGGGAGACAAACGAAGAAGAGCAGGAGAAGGGUAAACCUGGUUCGGCUGGAGAGUGUGAGGACCAAGAGCCUUCCAGCACGCAGUCUGAGAGUCUGGCUGCAGAUUCCAGAGAGUCCUUUACUGAACGAGAGGUUCCCUGCAGUUCAGUCUCUUCCUUAGAGGAGCCCAGUGAUAUGGACCAAUCAGAGCAGAGAGCCCCAUUGGGCGUGGCCUCUAGUCCUGAGAUGAGGGAAGGGGAGGAGCCAAGUGAGCAGGUCAGCAGCAGUAGCACUGAUGAAAAUGCUUAUGGACCCACAUCAAGCAGAGGUACCGAAGACUCGCCCACAGAGGGCGACACUGUGUCAGCGGCCCAGGACUCAGAAAGUGCAGAGGAGCCAAUGGAGCAGGACUAAAAGACUUCUAAGCAACAACUGUGUGCUUUUGUGGACAUUAAGAAGGCACUCACUUAUGUGGCCUUCCACAAUGGCCAUCCGAAGCAACACCUAACCUACCACCAUGCGCCUUUUGGUCGAGAGUCACCUAACUUCUCCAGCCUUCCCAAAUGGACACUUUAUACCAAUGUACAUAUGAUUUUAUUUCUAAAGUGAAGGUUUUAAACUGGUUGGUUAUCCUUUGUUUUUUAUUUUUAUUUCGUUCAUAUCAUAGGUUUCUGCCUGUCUAUUAUGUUGGACAUACCUUUCAUUAAGCUUAAAUAAGUUUGACUGAAGUUUAUCUUUACAUAUUUUAUCCAGGAUUGCAGUUCUGUUUUUUGUUCUAAGCUUUAGGAUGUUAGAGACACCGGCUUGGAUGUAUCUCUGCAUUAGUGUUAAUAUUUCAGUCACAUAGGGCCAAACAGCAGGGCAGUGGAGUUUAUCGUCUUGAUCUUAGCAGUCUCUCUAAAGACCCAUAACUGGCCACUUUUCAGAGGUUACAUUCCAAGCAGAUUUUAGCCAUAGGUCUGUCUGGUCUGUUAAAUUAUUCAAGCAGUAGCCUUGUUUUUAUAUUUUAGCGUCAUUUCUUUCUAGUAGUUUUUGUUUAACUGACCGGGGAUGUUGAAUGUUUUGUAAAAUCUUCCUUUUCUCUCUGCAAUCAUUCUUUCUCCUCAUGCAGUCAACACUGCAUUGAAAGUUUGUGGUUUAUGUCAGGUACAUUUACCUCUUGAAAGAUUCAAACCAAGCAUACUUUCAUAUUUUGUGAUUCACAUUAAUUUAUACCAGCAUUUCAAUCUUGACCUAUUUUUGAGAAGCUGAUUGUUUUGUUUUGCAGAUGGUAUUUUAUGACGAGCUGAAUUACAAUGUAAUUUGUGACAGUUUGACUCCCAGCACCGAUAACAGCUGGCAGCCAUUUUACAGCUGUGCAUUUUUAAUAUUUAGAAUUUUUUUUAUUUCUGUGGUGUUUUGUAGAGCAUUGUGUUCACUGACUUUUUGUGCAUCCAUAUGUUUUUUUUUUUUGGGUGUAUACUAAAUGCGAGGGGUUUUGAUACAGUAUUCAGACAAGGCAAUAAAUGUUAUGGUUUUAAAUGUUAAAUAAUUUUUGACAUUUGAUUAACAUGCAUUUAACUAACAUGAUUAUAAAUUAUUACAGAAAAGUUGUUUGUGAUUUUAACAUUGAUUCAUAAUCAAGAUUAAACAGGAAACUCUUAACUAGA